GACUGCUGCUCCGACGCUGAUUGUGCAACGUACGCGACCGUGACGGAAAAUCCCAAUACAGAGACAUGUCAAGGUUUCGAUCGUUGUUGCAAGCCUCAGUAAAUGCAACGAGAAAGGCUUUUACGUGGAACAUUGAAGAAUGGAUCCCACCUCCAGAGAAGUAUAUAUAUAAGUUCCAUUCGAAAGAAGACUUGAAGAAAUGGCAUCUCUAUUCUGAUUCUGAAUAUGGAGGAUUAUCUUCGGCUUCUUUGGAGAUUCCAGAUGGAGGAAAAGGAUCAGAUGGAACUGGAAUUUUCUCAGGGAACCUUUCCGUAGACCUUAGUGAGGGAUCAAAGUUGAACAUCAGCCGGAGUGGCUUUUGUGGAAUGCGCUCAAAGAAGUUUGAUGGCUUCAUUGAUCUCGACGGGUAUGAUGCAAUAGCCAUGAGGCUUAGAGGAGAUGGAAGGUGUUAUAUCUCUACCAUCUAUACAGAAAACUGGGUGAAUUCACCGGGACAAAGCGAAGAUAACUCGUGGCAAGCUUUUGUCUUUGCUCCAAAGGACAGGUGGUAUACUGCUAAGAUUCCUCUAGCUAGAUACUUGCCAACAUGGAGAGGAAAUGUUAUAGAUGUGGAAAUGGAGAUGAAUCCAGGUCGUGUUCUGGGUAUGUCACUGUCGGUAAACGCAGAAGGUGGUGCGGUUGGAGCUAAAUCAGGAGCAGGUGAUUUCAAAGUUGAAAUUGACUGGAUCAAAGCCACGCGAAUGCCAUGAAUGAGUGAAGCAUCAUGCCAGUGUAUGUUGUCUUUGUUGUUUCUUCUUUGUUUUAGCUUGUAAAAACCUUAACUGAGUUGAUACUUAGUUCCCAGAAAAGAUUGUUGAACUAUAGCUGGUCAUCACUUUGAGCAAUGUUCAUCAAAUAAAAUGACACAAGUCAAAAAGAUAUUUUCAGUAUGUUCUGUUUUGUAGUUUAUCCGUUGUUGGCCGACUAGUUUAUACGUAUUUAUGGUCGUGAUUGAAUAAGAGA